AUGACAGUUGAUACUCUUUGGAAUAAGAUAAAGAUAUCUCCUGCUGAACUUUCACUUGAAAAAGUAUUGAGAUGCGGACAAACGUUCAGGUGGAAGAACAUUAACAAUACUUGGUCUUUCACUAUUGAAGAUAGAAUCGUGCUACUUAAGCAAGAUGAAGAAAAUCUUCAUUAUUCUUGGUUAAUGAAAGAGUUACUCGUUGAUUCCUCUGCAGCUGCCAUUUCUCGCCAAAAUAAUGAAACUCUUAACUUUAUUAAUGACUACUUUAAUCUAUCUAUAAAUUUAACUUCUCUCUACAAGCACUGGAUGAUCCAAAAUGAAAAUUAUAAAAAUAAGAAGAUCUUAGGCUCCCCGUUUACUAAAUUUAAAGGAAUUAGAAUACUAAGACAAGAUCCAUGGGAGGCUACGAUUUCUUUCAUAUGCUCGUCUAACAAUAAUGUUAAAAGAAUAUCUAAGAUGUGUGAAAAUUUAUGUACAGAGUAUGGAACUUAUUUGAAUACAUACAAAGGUGUAGACUAUUUCACAUUCCCUAGUGCAAAGGAUUUAUCUAGUUCUCCAAAUGUCGAGACAAAAUUAAGAGAGUUGGGUUUUGGAUAUAGAGCUAAGUAUAUAUAUCAGACUGCUCGUUUGUUAACUUCGACGCUUUCGAUCAAGGAAUUGAAUUCUUUGAGAGAGUCAAGUUAUGAAGACUCGCAUAGUUACCUCUUACAGUUGACAGGAGUGGGACCCAAAGUCGCAGAUUGUAUUUGCUUGAUGGCCCUAGAUAAGCAUGAUAUAGUACCUGUUGAUACACACGUGUACCAAAUUGCUAUUAGAGACUACAAAUUUAAAGGUAAGAAAGAUUUAAAGACAAUGAACAAAAAGGUCUAUGAGGAUAUCAGAGAAUAUUUCAAAGAAAUCUUUGGAGAGUACGCAGGCUGGGCACAAUCUGUAUUAUUUGCAUCUGAUUUAUCCGACAUGAAUAACGGAAUAAAUGUUAAAGAAGAGGUUAUAGUAGAAGCUAAAAUAACAUCUACAGUGGUAGAUAUUAAAGAAGAGAUCAGUACGGAAAUUAUAAUCGAACUGGACAGUAAACGAAGAAGAGUCAGAAAGUAA